UGUUCUCUCCUUUUCUCUUCUCUCUCCUUUCGGUUUUGAGAAAAUAAAAAAUAAAAAUCACUCCAAAUCUCCAUUUUUUCAAAAGCAAAAAGGCAUCGUUUCAAAUGCAAAACCGCUCGUAGCGACGGCUCUUCACUUCUUUUCUCAUCUUGAGGAACUUUAUAUCAACACGCACAAAUUUCUAGGGUUUUUUUGGGGUAAAUAAGUGACAUAUUUCUAGGGUUUUUCUCCAAUCGAUUGAAAGGAUAAUAAUUUCUUCCACACGUCUCUUGAAACUAAUUUUGUUUGUUUGUUUGAAUUCUGUGACUCUCAAAUUCAAAUUUGUUGGAGCACUCCAAGGAUUGAAUUGAUGUCAGCUUCAACAGUUUCAAUCACGGCCAACCCGGCCGCGAGGCGGAGACCCGUGGUGGUCGGAGAGAAGAAGUCGGGCAUAGAAUUGGUGACCGGUGAUGGAGUCGCCGCCGCCGCCUCCGGUGGUGGCGAGGACGAUAAAUUUUCCGGUGGUGGUGGAAAUAGCAAGGAUCUCAGCCAGUCAAUCAGGGGAGAUGCAGUGUUUCAGAGAUCACGAGAGAUGGUUCAGGUCAAGAAAGCUUUGCCCAAUUCCACCACCGCAUUGCCUCGUCGGACCACCCGCAAAGGCGUCUCGAAGCCAGAGAAGACCCGGUGGCAGACCGUGAUGAGCGUCUUCACCAAGAAUUUCUUGCUCCUCCUCGUACUGUUGGGGUUGGUUCAAAUGAUUCGUAGAUUGGCCCUUAAUUCCACUACUCCUACUGUUCCUUCUUACGCGGGGGUUUCAGAAUUCGAGGGCCGCAUUGCGGAAGUGGAGGCGUUCUUGAAGACUACGACGAAGAUGAUGCAGGUUCAGGUUGAGGUUGUGGAUCGGAAGAUCGAGAACGAAGUUGGAUCUCUUAGAAGGGAAAUGGGUAAGAAAAUUGAGGAUAAAGGUGCAGAAUUGGCGAUCGAUUUGAAGAAAUUGGAUGGUAGAACUGAGAGUUUGGAGAAGCAAAUUGGUGAGUUGAGGGCAACAGAAUGGUUGUCGAAAGAAGAUUUUGAUAGAUUCUUGAACGAGUUCAAGAAAGGUAAAGCUAGUAGCCAUGGAGAUGUGAACUUAGAUGAGAUAAGAGCUUUUGCGAGGGAGAUAGUUGAGAAAGAAAUUGAAAAGCAUGCUGCUGAUGGGCUUGGUAGGGUAGACUAUGCAUUGGCCUCUGGUGGGGCUAUUGUUACUGAGCAUUCUGAGCCGUACAAUGUUGGGAAGGGAAGUAGUUGGUUUUACACGAGUAGUCGAAACAGGGUUCAUAAGGAUGCAGGGAAGAUGCUUAGACCGAGUUUUGGAGAACCUGGUCAGUGUUUUCCCUUAAAAGGAAGCACUGGUUUUGUUCAGAUCAAGCUUAGGACGGCCAUCAUUCCAGAGGCCAUUACUUUGGAACAUGUUGCCAAGAGCGUCGCUUACGAUAGAUCAAGCGCUCCCAAGGACUGUAGGAUCUCUGGAUGGCUGCAAGGGCAUGAUCCAGAAGUUGAUACCAACAGGAUGUUUCUUUUGACUGAGUUUACAUAUGAUCUUGAGAAGAGUAAUGCUCAGACAUUUGACGUGUUGGACUCGGCAGGCUCUGGCAGUGUUAAUAUGAUCAGGCUCGAUUUUACAUCUAACCAUGGAAGCCCUUCUCAUACUUGCAUAUAUCGCUUGAGAGUGCAUGGUCAUGAAAUCAACUCUGUCCCAAUGUUGCCAAUGCAGUCUUAAUGAAGCCCUGUUUUUUAUUGCAUCAACUUUUCAAUUGUUCUGUAAUCAUUGUUUUCUGUGUUUUCUUUUUCAUAUGCUAGGGCUCUCUCAUUUUCUAAUGUCGGAACUAAGAACUUGUAGUUGAUCAGGUACAAAUUUUUAGUGUCAUCUUAGAUGUUUCUACCUUUUUUUUCCUUCCUUAGGGUUUGUCAAAUGAAUGUAUGUUUUAGUUACCUAUCAUUUGUUCCCUGUCGAACUACUAACACUUGUCGAUGCUUCUAAAACUAUAUUAUUGCUGAGGCCAUGUCUUUGCUGUUGAUCAAA